ACUAACAUGCCUGUAGCAGGCCCAAAUCAAAUUGCUGCUGGCCCAUCCAACAUGUGCGCUAACUACGAAGACUUAUUGGCUGAUUUCCAUAUGCAAGAAAUUGAACGGUUUCGGCACCCCAUCACAACAUUUACCUAUCGGUUCAAUGGACAAACUAAAGCGGAAUAUUUAGUGGGCCCUGUCAGAACAGAUCCGAAAAUAACCAGAGGAAGUAAGCUGAAGGCUUAUGAAGAUUACAUGACGGAUCGUCGUCCAGUGUCCGCUACAAUGUACGCACUCGUUCGCGAUGCUAUCGCUCUGCUGGACGGUGGACAAGGGUCAUUGCAUGACAUUCUUGAGAAAUUGUACGCAUCUCAAUUUAUCAAAAGAACAUUUGGCGGAAAGACACCAAUGAAGCCAAAGUUGGUGAUUGCUUUGUCCUCAUACAUACUACCUAAGUUAGUAAGUGAAGACAAUCCAUGUGUGUCAGUCAACCGCAUUUCUGACGGGCCCUCUCAAAAAACUAUCUACACUUACAAAUUCCAGUCUUACAACAAAGAGGACCUAGAAAAAAUUCCCCAAAGAGACUGUAAAAGCAAGAAAACAUCGAGUUAUAGGGGAAAAACACCUGUUCAAUCAUCAGAUCUCGCUGUUAAAGAAAUAUUACCUUAUUCUCCUCCCAUUACUCCAUCUCCUGUUUUUACCAUUCCUGGCGCCAAAACAUUGCCGGCGAGUACCCCGAAUUCAUUUGAAAGAAAACUUCCACAUUCCGCUUCGCCAAUUAGUCAUUUCGCCAUUUCGUCAAUUAUUCCGGGAGACUCUCCGGAAGACAUUCCGGGAGACUCUCCGGAAGACAUUCCGGGAGACUCUCCGGAAGACAUUCCGGGAGACUCUCCAGAAGACAUUCCGGGAGACUUUCCGGUAAACAUUCUGGAAGAUAUUCCGGAAGACCAAAAACUAGUCAAAACAUCGCUUAAGGAACAAAGUACGGUAUUAUAUCUAUUAGGAGAAGAAGAUGUCCCAAUUGAAGAUCGCACUUACAGGAAUUUUCCUAUAAUGAUCCAAAUACCAUCUGACCUUGAACCAGUAUGCCAAACUUUUUUCUUCUCAGUUCCAAAAACAUGGAGCGAGGAUAAAUUCAGCAACAUCGCUAUUGAAUGGAUUCGUAAACUUGUAGAGAACGAACAGUUUCAAGAGUAG